AUGUCUCUGUGGGUCGACCAAUACCGCCCAAGGUCCCUCGACGACCUUCAUUACCAUCAAGGACUGUCCGCGCGACUAAGGUCAUUGGCUGCGUCGGGGGAUUUCCCUCAUAUGCUAUUCUACGGGCCAUCGGGAGCUGGAAAGAAGACAAGGAUAGCGUGUACUCUGAAAGAGUUGUUCGGACCGGGCGUCGAAAAGAUAAAAAUUGACCAACGAAUCUUUCUUACACCUUCAAAGCGUAAGCUCGAAGUCAACCUCGUGCAGAGUAAUUUCCACAUAGAAAUCACACCUAGCGAAACUGGAAAUUAUGAUCGUAUCGUGAUCCAAGAAUUGUUGAAGGAGAUUGCACAGACACAGCAGGUUGAUUUGAAUGCAAAACAACGGUUCAAAGUCGUGAUCAUCAACGAAGCCGACUCACUUUCCCGGGAUGCUCAGGCUGCGCUGAGACGAACAAUGGAGAAAUACAUGUCCAACAUGCGGAUAAUACUGUGUGCCAAUAGUACAAGCCGCUUGAUCGCUCCAAUAAGAAGUCGAUGCUUGCUGAUGCGUGUAGCGGCCCCCGACUCGGAUGCAAUGGGUACCGUCCUCGACUAUGUAGCUCGACGAGUGGGUUUCGAUCUGCCGCCGGAUGUCGCUGGCCAGAUUGUAGAAGAUGCUGCGGGCAACAUGCGGAAGGCAUUGUUGGUUCUCGAAGCGCUAAAAAUGCAAUCUCCUGACUUGUCGGGGAACCUCAGCAUCGCCAAACCUGAUUGGGAAACAUACUGUCACAAGGUGGCCGAUCUGAUAGUGCAAGAACAGACACCUGCCCGUGUCAUGGAAGUGCGAGCAAAGUUCUAUGAAUUAUUAAGUCACUGCAUACCGCCAACGGUGAUAUUGAAGACGGUGGCUGAGCGUGUUGUGGAGAGGGUGGAUGAGGCACUCAAGGCUGACAUCAUGCACUGGGCUGCAUUUUACGAGGUACGCAUGCGGGUCGGUAGCAAGAAGAUCUUCCAUCUCGAGGCGUGGGUUGUAAAAGUCAUGAGUUUGUACAAACAAUUCUUUUAUGGUAUGGAUUUGACAGGCUUUGAUUAA